GAUUCAUUAUUGGUCUGCCCCCGAGUUUGUGACCAAUAUGAUUUAAUAGAACCUGGCAAAUCUACAGCAGAAUCAUUUGAAGAUGAGGAUGAGGGUGACCGAUGUCUAAAUCUGAGAAAGGAUCUCGUUUUAGGGUAA